AUGCCUGCGAAGGAGAACAUGCAGAACUUCUUUGGGAAGGUUGAUCGGACCUUCAAGCGCCAGUCAGAGGAGGAGUACCGUGUAAAUCAAAUCACCAGCCCGAAGGUUUCAUGGGGACCCAGCCCGGAAGAUAUGGACGACAUCGUGAGGUAUUGCGAGCACCAUUCUGCGCGAACGAACGUGAUGAAGACUAUCUGGUCACUUCUUUCAAGCACCAACUCAAAGAGCUGGAAGCAGAUCUACAAGACUCUUUUGCUCAUUGAGCACCUGCUCAUCAACGCCAGCCCUGACACCGUCCGCGACAUUCAGUCACACUUGAAUGUCAUCCAGACGCUCGAGGACUUUCGGUACAAGGAUGAGGAGGGCGUUGAUCGUGGAAUUAAUGUGAGGAAGCGCGCGGAAACUGUGCGUGAGUUGGCCAUGUCCGACGAUAUCGACGAUAAGCGUCGUAAUGCAGCAGAUACACGUCAAAGGUAUGCCGAUGUUGUCCAGAACAAUGCUUCCGGGAUAGGUGCCAACUUUUCAGUCAAGCAGAAGGUUCCCAUCUACACCUCGUCAGAGAGCGUUGCCAUGCGUGGAAAGGGACAAUCUGAAAGCUUCAUGGCCAGACCAGCUGACGCCUCAAUGUCCAUGACAUCGCAACCGGCGAUGCAUACUAUGGGACUUCAGGACCCUAAUGCCACCAUCUCUGCAUAUACUAGUCAGCAGUCUAUGUCUCAGGCGUCCAUGACAGCAGGAAUGGGUUCAGGCGCCAACAUGGGCAUGGGUAUGGGCAUGCAAAGGCCGAUGGGCAUGCCGAGGCCUGCGGGCGCGAUUCCGAUGCCCGCGAACCCUAUGCAGCGUAUGCAGCAGCCUCCUGCCACCCAGCAGAUGGCUCCUGCUGCUCAGCCAGCAGCUCCAAUCCAGCAGCUUCAGAUGCUCACUCCACAGCAGAUGAUGGCCAUGAGCCCGGAGCAGCUCCAGGCUUAUCAACAGCAGAUGAUAGCUCAGCAGCAGCAGAUGCUUGCCAUGAUGCAGCAACAACAACAACAACAACAGCAGCCACAAGCAGUGAUGCCUAUGCAGACACAGUCCUACCAGCCCCCGGGUUCUGCACCCUUCCCUUCAACGAUGCCCGCUCAACCGGUUCAUCAGCCCACUCAGCAAAUCCAACCCCAAAUGCAACCACAAGCUCCAGCCCAGACGAACAACAUAGCCGACCUCAUGUCCUUCUUUUAA